GAAAGGUGAAAAUUCUCAAAGAAGACAAGUGCGUAAAACGCACCAGCGGGAAAGAUGUUGGCUUCCCAAUUCCUUUAGCCCCAGUUGCACUUAUCUAUCGCCCCCCUCACCCAAGCCCUGCGUUUAAUGUAGCCCCUCCAGUUCACUUAACUCUCUCCCCGUCUGUGAACUUGAGCUGAAAUUGCCAGGCCGCCGUUGGAAUGAACAACCUUUGACCGCCGGCUGCUUCCAUCAACACUAGAGGAUCGGCCUGACGCGGUCUCCUGCCGUGGGAUCGCUGAGCCCGCAGAUCGCGAAUAUAACAGCCUGCGUUUCAUUUUAAGAACCUGUCCUUCCCGCUGAACGACCUCGAAAGCAACAACACCCAAACUAAGUUACUGCAACACUCCGGCUCCAAGAAACCCGUGCAGGCGGUGGAGGCAAUGUCUCGAAACUGCAAUCCAUACUCCCACAGAGUGUGUUAAAUUACUUUACCGUUGUGCCUGGAGUAUAAUUCUACUCUCUUUAAUAAACGCCUUGGAUCGAUGUUAUGGGCAAGUCUGAGAGCCAAAUGGAUAUGAUUGAAGGUAACCAAGAGAAAUCAAAGAGGUCAUUCAGAUCGUGGAGCGCUCUGGAAAUUGGGCUGACCACCAUUGUGGUUCUGCUGUUCAUUGUGGUCAUCAGUUUGAUCGCCCUCUAUGCAACUCGCAAAGAUGAAACGUGUACCACACCGGCAUGUGUGUCAGCAGCGGCCCGGAUUAUCGAGAACGCAGACCAAACUGUGGAUCCUUGUCAGAACUUUCACCAGUACGCCUGUGGAGGAUGGUUAAAGAGGCACAUUAUCCCCGAGACCAACUCUCGGUACAGCACCUUUGACAUUCUGAGGGAUGAACUGGAAGUCAUUCUGAAAGAUGUACUGGAGAAGCCUGGCGAUGAUGGUUCUGUGGCGAUUCGGAAAGCAAAGACGUUGUACAAGUCAUGCACGAAUCAAACGGCCAUUGAAAUGAAAGGCGGGAAGCCGUUGAUCGCCAUGCUGAAGGAACUGUCCGAGUGGCCCGUUGUAACAGAUGACUGGGACAAUACUUAUGGUAAGAACUGGUCGCUUGAGGCGGUCCUAUCAACAAUGAAUGCCAGAUAUGGAAGACAUGUCCUCAUCGACUUUUAUGUUGGAACUGAUGACAAAAACUCAAAUGUUCACAUCAUCCACAUCGAUCAGCCUGGCCUUGGUAUGCCUUCCCGGGAUUACUAUGAGUGCACAGGAGCAUACAAAGAGGCGUGCGAAGCUUACUCUGAGUUCAUGCAGAAAACAGCUAACUUAAUCCGAAAGGACAAAGGUAUGAACAAGACUGAAUUGGAAGUCAAACAGGAAAUGGAUAUGGUGUUGCAACUGGAAAAAGAGAUCGCCAAUGCUACAAUCAAACCUGAAGAUAGAAAUGAUCCUAAUGAACUCUACAACAAGAUGCCCCUUUCUAAAGUGAUAGCUGAUUUCCCAUUAAGUAUCAACAACACGCGUCCGUUCCGGUGGAUGGAUUUUAUCAACCAAAUCCUCUCCCGUGUAUCUCUAACUGUGACAAAAACAGAGCAAGUUGUGGUUUAUGCACCUGGUUAUCUUAGGAAGUUAGAAGAUAUCCUCAAGAAGUAUAGUGACAGGCAAAUUCAAAACUACAUCGUAUGGAUGCAAGUGAUGGAUCUGAUGGGAAGUCUAAGCAGUGCCUACAGGGAGACAAGAACAGCUUUCCGCAAAGCACUCUAUGGCACCACAACGGAGAACGCGGUGUGGAGAAAGUGCGCAAACUACGUCAACAGCCACAUGGACAAGGCUGUUGGUCGCCUAUAUGUGGAGGACGCUUUUGCAGGGGAUAGCAAGCAAAUGGUUGAAGAACUAAUUGAGCAGAUCCGUCUGAUUUUCAUCCAGAACCUACACGAUCUCAGUUGGAUGGAUCAGGAGACGAAAACAAAGGCGGAAGCAAAAGCUAAGGCCAUCAAGCAGAGAAUUGGUUACCCUCCAAACAUUAAGGACAAUGCCAAACUGGAUGAAGAAUACAAAGAAUUGCAUUUCAUCGUUGACGAAUACUUCAUGAACAUUCUUCAAAAUAUGCAGCUGGGACAGAAAAAGAAUCUGAAAAAACUCAGAGAAAAAGUUGACAAAGAAGUGUGGAUAUCGGGAGCUGCUGUGGUAAACGCCUUCUAUUCUGCAAGCACUAAUCAGAUCGUUUUCCCGGCUGGUAUUCUCCAACCUCCUUUCUUUGGGAAAGGCCAACCAGCUGCGUUGAACUUUGGUGGCAUUGGUAUGGUGAUCGGCCAUGAAAUCACCCACGGGUUCGACGACAACGGUCGUAACUUUGACAAAAAUGGCAACCUCUUGGACUGGUGGUCUCCGCAAUCUGCUUCAAAUUUUAAACGCCUCUCGACGUGCAUGGUGCACAAGUAUGGGAACUUCUCGUGGGAUCUGGCAGGUGGACAACAUCUCAGUGGAGUUAAUACCCUGGGAGAGAACAUUGCAGAUAAUGGAGGCAUCAGGCAGGCCUACAAGGCUUAUCAAUCAUAUGUGAAGAAAAGCGGAACAGAUGGCCUUCUACCGGGGAUCAAGCUCAACCACGAACAGCUCUUCUUCAUGAACUUUGCACAGGUGUGGUGUGGAAUGUACAGACCAGAAUAUGCCGUCAACUCCAUUAAAACCGAUGUGCACAGCCCUGGUCAAUUCAGAAUUUUAGGAUCCCUGCAGAAUUAUGAAGAGUUCAGUAAUGCAUUUCACUGCAGUAAGAAUACAUACAUGAAUCCUAAAGAUAAGUGUCGAGUUUGGUGAUCAAACAGCCCAGCUGUGUAGAAUGUCUUUAGCCUGGACUUGUUAAGUGAGUGGAGCUUUGAACUGCAAUGAUUAAUUUUGUACUCAAUAAUUUGAAUUGAUCCGAUUCCAAUACUGUCGGCACCUCAUUUCAAUCAAAUUCCCCAAAUCAUUACUUCUCAAAUAAUCCAACAAAAAUAUCUAGAUUGGAAACCAAUGGGCUGCAAUGAUAGGCACAGCUACUGCAUCUGAAGACACAAAGUGCUGGAGUAACUUGGCAGGUCAGGCAGCAUCUCUGGAGAACAUGCAUAGGCGACAGAGGCUGACGGGGAUUCUCGAUAGAAGUAGAUAAAAUGAUGAGAGGCAUAUAGAUAGGGUAAACAGUCAGAGCCUUUGUCCCAGGGUGGAAAUAUCCAGCACUAGAAAGGCAUAGCUUAGAAGGGGAACGUUUAAUGGGGAUGCGCGGGUCAAGACUUUCACGCAGAGAGUGGUGGGUGCCUGGAAUGCACUGCCAGGGGUGGUGGUGGAGGCAGAUAUGAUAGUGGUGUUGAAGCUUUUAGAUAUGCACUUGGAUGAGCAGGGAAUAGGGGGAUAUGAAUCAUGUAAUCUAAUGUGAUGUAACCAUGUAUUGUCUUUCUGCUGACUGGUUAGCAUGCAACAAAAGAUUAUCACCUCAGUAAACGUGACAAUAAACUAAAUUAACUAACUAAUUAAUGUACAGGCAGAGGAGAUUAGUUUAACCUGAAGAUCCCGUUCGUGUGCUAUUCUGGUCUAUGUUCUAUGUUCUAUGUGAAUAUGUACCUAUACUGUACAUAUUCUUCAGAGAUACUGCCUGACCUGCUGAGUUACUCCAGCACAUUGUGUCUUUUUUUGUUGUUGUAAACCAGCAUCUGCAGUUCCUUGUUUCCACACUUGACAGCAUCUGAAGCACUGACUAACUUAAUAUUGUGUAGCUUCCCAAAUGACGAGCUCUUGAGCAAGAACACAGACUUUAAAAGAGGAUGAGAGAAGGUUAAUCAACACCACUAGUAUUUUAUCGCCUGACGUAUCAUUCUGCCCAAGAUUGUGAAUGUUUAUAGAACAAUAGGUGCCCAGAUAAAUGAGUGGAGGUGAAUGAUGAUUGAACAAACAUAAAAUAAGAUUCGAGACUAGGAUGAGAAAUCAAUUAGAAGCAAGUAAUGUUGUGUUAAAUUCUGAAUUACAUGCAUAAAAUUAUCCGAUGAUCCGUGGAAAGAUGACAAAAAUUUCCUUUUAAUGACUUGGACUUCAUGCUGCUCUAAGGGGAUUGGUGGAGUCUAGGUUUCAGUGCCGUCCCGGAUCCAACAAAACCCCAAGUCUGGCUGUAAUGGUGGGGAUUGCUGGCCAUGGGUUGAGGUUUAGAGAUAGUGAUCUUUGGACAGUUUUACCCAUCGCUAUUCUCCCCCUUCAACACAAAUUGUGCUUUGGGAAGAAGGCUCCCAACCCAAAUCGUCGCCCAUCCUUUCUCUCCACUGAUGCUGCCUGACCCGCUGAGUUUCUCCAGCACUUUGUGUCCACCUUUGUGCUUUGUCCUGCUGGUAGGAAUGGGUUGUUAACCCAACUGGUAUUUUGUUACUCAACACGUGGCAUUUGUCCGAGAGUCAUCAAUUAAGAAGAGGGUGUAGUCUGCGUUUGUGACGUAAUAUGGGAGGACUUUACCAGAUAUUACCAGAUGUGUAAACACACAAUGAAAUUCUGUUCAUGCAAACGGUCCAAUAGAGUAUUGUCAUACCUAAAUACAAUCACCAAUUAGCAAAGUGUAGAGAAAUAGUCCACUGAGUCCACGUGCAAUUGGUGCCAAGUUUUGGCACCUUUUUCAAAAUCCUAUCUUACGAGAAAUGCCUGAUCCAGGCGAGCCUCAGGCCGCUGCAGAGCCUCCAGCCAUUGCCUAAUUGAACGUCAGAAUCAACCAGUGAACCAACAUCCCUGUCCUCACCGAUCCGAACCAGGGCGCCUCCCGCAGCCGACCUCAAGGGCGCGGUAGGCCAGACCACGGUUCCCUCUCCUCUCCUCCCGGCCUCACUCCUCACUUGUCGCUGAUUCCAUCUUCCAUCUGGCUCUGGUCUUCAGGGGACGAGCAGUGGCCGCUCGGGGGCCAUGGCCCGCUGGGGCCGUUCUUUGUCACCAGAUGCUGGGCGGGUCAACAGUUGCAGUGAAAGGCCUUAGCUACAGUCAGUUUUGUUGUCCUCGGUGUGGAAGGACCAUGGCAUCUCUUGCAUCCGGUGAGAUGCACGUUGAAUUUUGAGAUCUUCUCCUGGAAGCAGUGUCACCACAAACCACUUACCCCACGUGUAUUAGUCACUAGCUACUAGAUUCCAAAGAAGGCAGUCAAAAGGAAAUCUCACCAAAGCCAACCAUUACUCAAACGUCCUGCAAUAUUUUAGCAUAAAUUCACCAAAUCUUAUCUGAAUAUUUCAAAAGAUUAGCACAGGCACACAGGGCCAAAUGGCUUUCUCUGUUUCCACAUGAUUACUGUCAAUACCCUGGAUUGAGAAUAACAUCAAUCCCAAUCCUUUCCAUACACACAUCACAUUCUUUAUCUCCAGAGAUGCUGCCUGACCUGCUAAGUUACUCCAGUGUCUAUCUUUGUUUCUAAUCCACUCCAUUUCUCUUCUCUCCAUCCUUUAGUUGGCAACCUACAAUAUAUUGACUGGCCAGCUUAAAUGCAAAUAAAACAA